AUGUUGAAGAGUCAAACUGCUGCUCGGCCAAUCAGUUAUAGUCAAGAAUCCGCGUCUACUAAUCUUCUUGGUAUCAUUGAUGUGAAAACCAAAGCAGUUCAAAAUUUAAGAGAUGCUUUGAAACUAACGACCAUCAACCGACUUCUAACCACAAGCUACGAUGAGGACGCUAAAAAUAUAGAACGCAAAAUCUUUGCCGCCGUCUAUCAAAUGACAAAGGUGGGUUUGAUGGAGCGCGAGAAACGUGAGAUCAACGCCAUUUGGUUCACAUUCGUCGGCCUCAGUGCUCAGAACAUUCGACACUUGGAGUUAUGCAAAAUCACUGAUUUCAACGCAUUGUUCGCCGUCACCAAUCUCGAGUUGCGAUCACUUGCUGAUCGCGGUCGCCUUGAUGUGGAGACCAAACGUAAAUUGUUGCAGUCCACAGUGAUCUUGCAGAAUCACUGGAACGCACUUCAUAGCAGAACAUCAGCAGAAGAUCCACCACCGGGACCAUCCACUCCAGCAAUAGUAACAACAAGUCCUCAGGGUUACAACCGGUCACUAACAGCUAACGGUUCCAAAAUGAUAACUCAAUCAAACAGCAUGAGCUUUGCCGCGGCACCAAAGUCACCAAAAGCAGCACGACUGGUACAUGCAAUACCUCACAAAUGGCAUCGAUCCACCAAAUUUCGGUUUAGUGGCGAUGCCGUUUGUCAUUUCUGUCAACGACCGUUAGGAUUUGGGUUUCUAAACGCUUGGGAAAAAUGCAGGUCUUGCAAAUGGAAAGUGCACACCCAAUGCAAGAGUCGCGUAGGUGACUCGUGUGGAUUGACACCCGAACACUUGCGAGUUCUAUUCGACAAGCUUGUCCAAGAGAAUAAUGGGGGCAUGUGGAAAGACCCUCAAUCUGUGCCGGGCUCGCGGUCCAUGAAUGAGCCCGCCUUCCAGUUUCCUGACACGGCAAUUGAUUCCUCUUCCUCCACAAACAGCUCGGCCCCGUCGACACCAGCACUGCCUGCAGGAAUAGCAACUAGCGUCACCACGUCACUCACUGCUCCAUAUCGCUCGGAAAGAAAAUUUCUGUUCCCGGACACAGAAAACUACCCGGCCCAUAAUCGGCUACCGAUCUUGGUGAUAAGCGAAGGAGAUCAUCCAACAACAACAGAAAUUGAACAGGAAACAGAGAAUCAUUUGAAAACGGCCAGUAUGAUGGGAACAGUAGAGAGUGAGGGAACGAUAGUAGCUGUUCAAGAAGAAGUUGUGGAACAUCAAGAAAUGGAUCAUGAGGAAGGACCGAGUCAAGAAGCGAUAGACAAGUUUAAUAAGAGAGCUGAUGGUGGAUUCAUUUGGGAACGACAUGCGUGGAAUAUGAGUACUAUUCGGGGCCCAAAUGCUCAACGCCACCACACAAGCCUUUUUGUUCUUCUUCUUCUCCUCUCAUGUGUGCCACAAGCAAGUUGGAACGAAGUUUCUAUUGCCUUCGACACAAUCGAGUUUGACAAACAAAAUCCGAUAAUUGGUCGCGGGCGGUUCGGAGAAGUUCAACGUGGAUUUCAUUAUGGCGACGUGGCCGUCAAAAUCUACAAUAUGGAACACAUCUCGGACCACUCAAAGAGAGCGGAGGAGUUCAAAUUGGAAGUUUCUGCGUACAAGAACACUCGUCACGACAACAUUGCGUUAUUCCUUGGAUACUUCAUGACGGACGGGAAGUACGGGAUGGUUAUGUCGUUGUCGCGCGGCAGUCAAUCCUUAUACACACUCAUACAUGUCAUCCGAGAACCAUUAGACUUGCCGACCACACGGAUGAUUGCAAGACAAAUUUGUCAGGCUGUGUCCUACCUUCACACAAAGAAAAUUCUUCACAAGGAUCUGAGAAGCAAGAAUAUUCUUCUGGAGAGCAAGAAUAAAGUGGUGAUCACCGAUUUCGGCAUUCUUUCCAUGAAGAGACUUGCCUAUCCUAAAGGAAAACUCGGAUGGCACACCUCCAGAUUCUGGGCCAACUACCUCGCUCCAGAAUUGGCGAUGGCUUUGAGGACAGAGUUUGAUGAGCAUGAGAGUGAAGAUUUCCCAUUCACAGAGGCUUCCGAUGUCUAUGCAUUUGGAUGCGUCUGGUUUGAAAUGCUCACUGGCCUUCUAUCCUACGAAGGAGAGCUGCCUCAUCAGAUUCUGCUGAAGAAGAGUCAAGGAGUGAAGCCAGUUCUUCCCAAUAUUAAAUGUGCUCAAGAGUUAAAGGUGUGUUUUGUAGGCAAUAGUGUUCCCAAAAAUGAGAAAAAAAUCUACGAAAAAAUCGCACGCUUUGCAAAAGAACUCCUCAUCUCGUGUUGGAGCACUGCGCCGCACGAACGACCCACCCUUCCCGAUAUCAUUGCAAAACUGACAGCAGUACCCAAAAAGCAACGUGUCAAUCGUAGUCCAAGUUUCCCGGUGAUGAUGAAAAGCUACGAGUCAAAUUUCUGA